GCCCUCCCCGUCGCCAGGUCUAUAAAGUGCGGAGCGCUCCCGCGGGCGGCCAAUGCGCGGCGAGCAGCGCUCGGCUCCCGCUGCGAACGGACAUCAAGGCAGCCAUGAGGCUCCCGCUGGCUUUCACCGUGCUGCUGCUGGCCUCUGCACAGGCACUGGCUGAUGAGAUGGCAGCUCCCGAUGACCUCAGCUACUGGGCAGACUGGGCCGACGGUGAGCAGAAGGAGGAGCUGCCGCUUCCUCUGGAGCACUUUCUGCAGAGGAUGGCAAGGAGACCCCGGCCCCAGCAGUUCUUCGGCCUCAUGGGCAAGCGGGAUGCGGGAUAUGGCCAGAUCUCCCACAAAAGGCAUAAAACAGACUCCUUUGUUGGACUUAUGGGCAAAAGAUCUUUAAGUUCUGGGUCCUCUGAAAGGAGCAUAGCACAGAAUUACGAGCGAAGGCGUAAAUGAUACAUUCCCGCGCGUUAUUUAUUAAACUUUAUUUGUUCCAAUGGCCAAUGCGGUGUAAUAUAAACCGACCACUGUAUGGAAUAAUUAUUUAUUUAACAAUACUAAAUGGUUUUGCGUUGUUUGGGGUUUUUUUUGUUUUGUUUUGUUUUGGUUUUUUUUGAGUUAGACAUUCAAUAAAAUGAUUAUUUUUCAUGUAGUGGCAGCGACACGUGUUGCAUAGGAGCGUUGGGUCCUGGAAGGACAUCUCCUUCAGGACCGGUGACCUUGGUGACGUCUCACAACAAAGCACAUUGUUCAAUAUGACCUGUAGAGUUAUGUUCACCAAUCAGAGGUUCUUUUAUUCAUCAAAAGUGAGUCUGUAUCAGCUUCACAACCAUGCAGAACAGAGCUGAUGUACAGUCUAGUGCCUCGAUUUGUUUUCAUGGUUUAUAAUGUACUGUAAUUUCUGUAUCAAAAUAUAUUUGUAUCAUUGCAGCAUGUUUUACGUUUUCUGACUACAUAUCUAUAUAUUUUAAAAAGGUGGGAGGGGUAAGGUUUGAAUGUGAAUCCAAAGUCUUCAUUUCAUAGCCUGGAAUUUUAUGAUAGUAACAUUUUAAAUAAAAUCUGCUCUGGGGAUUUUGCAACAUACUU